AUGGUGGCUCCUUUCCAAAGCAUCUUGAUCAAGCUUCCCAGCCCUAACCAUACAGAUGAGCGGGAAGUUGUUCAGAAGAAAACCUUCACAAAAUGGGUGAACUCGCACCUGGCGCGCGUGUCCUGCCGCAUCACUGACCUCUACAAGGACCUGCGGGAUGGGAGGAUGCUUAUCAAGCUGCUGGAAGUGCUCUCUGGAGAGAUGCUGCCAAAGCCCACGAAGGGGAAGAUGCGCAUCCACUGCCUGGAGAAUGUGGACAAGGCCCUGCAGUUCCUGAAGGAGCAGCGUGUGCAUCUGGAGAACAUGGGCUCCCACGACAUCGUGGACGGCAACCACCGCCUGGUCCUGGGCCUCAUCUGGACCAUCAUCCUCCGCUUCCAGAUUCAGGACAUUGUUGUCCAAACUCAGGAAGGUCGUGAGACGCGCUCAGCCAAGGACGCGUUGCUGUUAUGGUGUCAGAUGAAGACGGCAGGCUACCCCCAUGUCAAUGUCACCAACUUCACCUCCAGCUGGAAGGAUGGCCUAGCCUUUAACGCCCUGAUCCACAAGCACCGGCCCGACCUGAUUGACUUUGAUAAACUGAAGGACUCCAACGCCCGGCACAACCUGGAGCGCGCGUUCGACGUGGCUGAGCGACAGCUGGGCAUCAUCCCGCUUCUCGACCCUGAGGAUGUCUUCACAGAAAACCCUGACGAGAAAUCCAUCAUCACCUACGUGGUGGCGUUUUACCACUACUUCUCCAAGAUGAAGGUGCUGGCAGUGGAGGGCAAGCGCGUUGGCAAGGUAAUUGACCACGCCAUUGAGACCGAGAAGAUGAUUGAAAAGUACAGCGGGCUGGCCUCAGACCUGCUCACCUGGAUCGAGCAGACCAUCACUGUCCUGAACAGCCGCAAGUUCGCCAACUCCCUGACCGGCGUCCAGCAGCAGCUGCAGGCCUUCAGUACCUACCGCACCGUGGAGAAGCCGCCCAAGUUUCAGGAGAAGGGGAAUCUAGAAGUCCUACUUUUUACCAUCCAGUCACGGAUGAGAGCCAACAAUCAGAAAGUGUACACGCCCCAUGAUGGGAAACUCGUGUCCGACAUCAACCGGGCCUGGGAGAGCCUGGAGGAAGCUGAGUACCGGCGGGAGCUGGCGCUGAGGGAGGAGCUCAUCCGGCAGGAGAAGCUAGAGCAGUUGGCCCGGCGCUUUGACCGAAAGGCUGCCAUGAGGGAGACGUGGCUCAAUGAAAACCAGCGGCUUGUGGCCCAGGAUAAUUUCGGGUACGACCUGGCAGCUGUGGAGGCCGCCAAGAAGAAGCAUGAGGCCAUUGAGACGGACACAGCUGCCUACGAGGAGCGGGUGAGGGCCCUGGAGGACCUGGCCCAGGAGCUGGAGCGGGAGAAUUACCACGACCAGAAGCGCAUCACGGCCCGCAAGGACAACGUCCUGCGCCUGUGGAACUACCUGCAGGAGCUGCUGCAGUCCCGGCGCCAGAGGCUUGAGAAGACGCUGGCCCUGCAGAAGCUCUUCCAGGACAUGCUGCACAGCAUCGACUGGAUGGAUGAGAUCAAGGCUCACCUCUUGUCUGCCGAGUUCGGGAAGAAGUGGCGCCUGCAUGAGAUCACCCUUGGGGCCCUGGUCCUCCACUGA